GCCGUUCUAUCACGGCAGUUGGAAAUUAGGUAGUGUGUCAGCCAGCGAAAUAUCUUCGUAAUUUUUAAGAUAGCUGCUGGAUUACUGACCUCACGUUAACUUUCAGCAAUCUAACCUUUCCUGAAACUAAUGUUACACUGAUUUUAAGAUUGUGUGUUCUGUUUCAAGAAUACAGUACUAAACAGGACAAGUCUUUGGGCUAUAUGAUCGAGUAUUUGGAUUUCUAAUAGUCGACAGUGUCGGUUUUCAUCGGGGACCAUACGUUUGGGUGCAGUAGCACCUUACUGUUUGAAGAGUCUCUGGUCAGAGGGAAUGGCCCCUGCCUUGACCAAGCUCACAAAAGACAGACACAGAAUCCACCUGCCCUCUCCUCUGAGCUCCAGCAACAUGGAGGCAGAUGGUGCAAUGCUCAGUCCUGAAUUGGACCCCCAUGUGAAACUGAUGGAGGACAACUUUUCUCAGAAGGUGUGGCUCAACCUUUCCUCCUUGCCUUUCUUGGACACCUGCUGCUCCAAAGGUUCCCUGGACUUCCCCAACUCGAUCCUAGCUCCCCUCCUACAGGCCUCAAGCAGCCAGUAUAAGAGUGUGCUCCUCUCUAGAUCCCUUCUCAGCCUGAUUUCUCUGAACAAAAACCUGAAGGAUUCACAGGCCGCAGCCUUAACAGGUAUGCAAGACAUGUACAUUGUGCCCAUCCCUGAACAAAGUGGCCAGGAUGUGGUGAUGCAGCCUCAACACUGUGGAGCAGAUGGCCCUGAUGUCCCCCAGUCUCCUCCACAUUACCAGGGUAACACCAUGUGCCAGUACAGCUCUGCUCUGCCGACACCAACCAUGUCUAGGGAGGGAAAGCGGGGUGUAGUUAGCACGGAACCUGCCUCAGCUCAAGCCUGGGCGACGAGGGCUCCUGAUCAACCCGUGACUGCAGCAGUGGUGCAGGGGGCAGUGAGAGACCAGACCCAGUGGCAUGUCACCAGACAGGCAGCUCUGCUUCUUAGGGCCGAGAGGAUCCAGAGGAGGCUCCAGGCCCUGCUAGGGGAUCACACCAGCCGCCACUGCAGCAUCCAGCUGGACGCUCUGAAGAACAGGCUCAGGGAGGAGAGGACAGGGACCCUGCCCGCUCCUGUUGACACCAAGCCCGACCCACUCCUGGUACAUGUGCAGAUCCCCGGCCCGGGCAGUAGAGUUCAGUGGCCUCUCGUACCAGAGUCCUGCUCACCUCCAUCAACCUCGACGGAGAUGCUGGAAUUUGCCUGCCGUGCCCAGGCACUGCUGCGGGGUGUCCAGCAGGCCAUAGACUCUGAUGCCACAGACAGUGGCUCUGAUGAUGAGGGCCUGGAGCCUGAACGCCCAAUCAGAAACCUGGCGGUACCAUUAAGCAGGUCUGGGUGUGAGCAGAGCUGGCAGGAGGGGAGGGCAGAGGUGGGCAGCCGGUGGACCUGGUUGCAGCUGCGUGUAGAUGAACUGGAAGGCCGAAUCCAGCAGCUGGGUGACCUUCACAGGCAGAUCUCCUCCACCAAGGGGGGCGUGGUCCUGGCAGACUCCCAGCCACUGACAGACAGGCAGAUCCAGCAGACCCUGCUGACAGAGACAGCAGGCCUGUCCUUCACUGCAGGGGGCCAUGGAGACCUGGCCUCGGACACGGAACCCAGCAGCCCCACACGCCUGCUCCGGAACAUAGAGAGACAGAGUGCCCAACUGACCCAGAUUGUCACCAGCCUGAUGCCCCCCCUCAACCUGUCACCCUCCUCCUCUCCCGUCUCUAAAGACGCCUGCAGAUGGAACGGUCUGAACAAGAAGGCCUUCGGCAGCUGCCUGAAGAAGGGCGAGGACGCGUUCCUCCAGAGGGGGGCGAAGAGGAGGAGGGGGGCGCGCAGGAGACAGCUCCUCCAGGCCGACGCCUCCUGUGUGUCGGCACGGACGCGGCACCUUGUCACCUACCACAAACCCCGGCUCUUUACCUUGAACGGGACCAGCGCCCACACCCAACAGGAACUGGGCUCCGCCUCCUUCUCCUCCUCUCCCUCCUCCUCAUGCCCCACCUGUGAGUCAUGUGACCCCCUUGGCCUGUGUUCUGACCCCGCCUGUUCCAGCUACGCCCCACCUCCUGGGAGGGGCCACAGCAGAGCACACCCUGUGUUGUCGCUCUCCUCAGACACCCCUCUCCAACAGCACCUCCAGAGGGCCCUGCUCCGGGAAGACUGGCUCCAGAGGCCCCUGCUGCUGAAGACGGAGCCGCCCAGCCCCGUCCCCCACCCCUGCCCCAGGGGCCGCAGGCUCAGCUCGACGCCGCUGCCCGGUUCUUCUCAACGCCACAAGCACCAUGGAAGGCAUCGAGGGGGCGGGGUCAGGGGUGUGUCACCAGUUGGGUGGGCGGGGCGGUCCCAGAUGCCCCGCAGGAAGGCCUAUCAAGGGAGCAGGAAGAGGAGAAACUCUCACAGAGUGCUGGAAGAUGAAGACGACCUUCUGUGUUGGCUGUCCGACCCAGAGGACGGCUCGGGGGAGGGGCUAGAGGAGAUGUCCACGCCUCAGACCUCCCACGCACGCAAGCCUCCUGUGCAGGGCCCUAUCCGCAGACGCCAAGGAGAGAGCGUCUACAACAUCGACAACAUUGUCAUCCCCAUGUCACUCGCGGCCACGACCAAGGUGGAGAAGCUCCAGUACAAAGACAUCAUCACACCAAGCUGGAGAAUAGUAGGCACCUUACUACGGGAGGUGAGCGAGGGUGAGAAAGAGGAGGAAGAGGAAGAGGAGGAAGAGGAGGUAGAGCUCCUGUGUGAUGAGAUCUUCUCCCAGAGACACCUGGGAUGUGAGCAGAGAGAGAAGCUACGCUGGGUGUCCUGGGGCAAGAGCAGGCUGCACCGACGCACCACCAGGUCUGGUAGCAGGAGCCUGGACGGCAGCAUGGGGACGGGAGGCUCGGCGUGGGAUUGUGGCCUCCAGUGCGACGGGACUCCGCCUCCUGACUGGGGCUGCACCUACCCGGAGACAGACGCUGAGGAAGGCGCAGGGGAGGAGUGUGUGCCCCAGGCCCCAUGGGAGCAGCGUGUGUUUCCCCUGGGCCGAGAGGAGGUGGAGGCCCUGCACUGGGACCAAGAGGACCCGGCAGAGACAGGGCCUCCCUGGGACCAGGCAGGAGAGGAUUCGAGCAGUGCAGAGGACAGCAGCUCUCUUCUCUCCAACCCUUUCCCCUCGACCCCACCCCGCACAACUCCACCCUCUGUUGGCCAUCUGGGGAAUAGCGCCCCAGAGGAAGAGGGCUGAGAGAGAGACUGGUGUCGUCAUUGAACUCCAUGCUGCCGCCCCCUAUAGUGGAUUCUGGCACAUUCUCUUGGAACCUUAUUUCCAUACCAGUAUUUGUGGCAUUCGUCAGACUCAAUGUUGGGUUUUAUUUUGCCUAAGUGUUUGCAAGGACAGUUUUCUAUUUAAAACAUUGCUAAAUGUUUUUGAAUGAUUUUAAUAAUCUUCCACUGUACCUUGUGGUUCUAGUUAGGAGUCUAGUUUGUAUACUAGCACUACAGCCAAUGAUAGCCUCAGGUCAAUAUCUGUAUAAAGGUUUUACAAUAUUUAUUGAUGUUCAAAGUGCUGAGAAUGUCAAGUCUUAAUAUGUUGUACUGUCAAAGAAUAUAAAUGUGUGUAUACCUAGAACUUUAGAUUCACAUCAGAUCAACUAAUGUUUUUGACACAGUGUAUUUGCAAAUAUAUGUCAGGUGAUACAUUUUUUUUAAUCAUUUUUAGUUGAUACACUGUCUGAACUCAGAAGUUUGACAGAUGGGUCAGUCCUCAAUAAAAUAUCAUUCAAACCA